UCCCCUUUUCAUUCACUCCUCCAUCAUUCUUCACACAGCACAACCCAAUCUCUUAUUCUUUAUCUUUUUAACUCAUUUACAUAUAUAGGAACAUCUAUACACAAACACACACACACAGAAAUCCAGUACUUGCUUCCCAGUUUAGUGUUGCACAAAAAUGGCGUCCUUCAUUUCGACCCUGGCAAUCUUCGCGUGUGCAUUUGCCAUCUUCGUGCAAGCCACCCUAGGGGAAGUGAUAGUAUGUGAGAAACUUGAAGGGGAGAGAUGCGCAUUUGCAGUGUCAUGGAAAGGCAAGCGAUGCGUGCUAGAGAAGAGCGUAAAGAGGAGCGGGGAGGAAAAAUUCACGUGCCGCACAUCAGAGAUUGACGCCCAUGAACUCACCAACUGGGUAGAGACCGACCAGUGCGUCGGCGCUUGUGGCCUCGAUCGGAAGUCGCUCGGCAUCUCAUCAGACUCUCUCCUCGACUCUCGCUUCACGCAAAAACUCUGCUCCACCCAUUGCUACAACCACUGCCCCAAUGUCGUCGAGCUUUACUUCAAUCUCGCUGCCGGUGAAGGUGCUUUUCUUCCUGAUUUAUGUGAACAAGGAUCAGGAAACUCACACAGAAAAAUGUCUGAGAUCAAAAGUUCUGGUAUUGUGGCGCCUGGACCCAUUAACCCUGUCAAGUUCUCCGUGGCUCCGGCCGUGGCGCCUGUUUCUCAAUAAGUAUAUUACAGUUGAAAUUCCAAUUGAGAGGGAAGAGAAAAUUUUAUAAUAGAGUGCUUUACGUUUAGGUUCAAAUAUAGUUAUAUAUACGGCCUGUAAUAAUAAUAAUAAUGAGGCUCCGUCGAGCUACGUUGUAGUGGCCAGGCCCUUAUGCGUUGUCGUUUCUCUGCAUGGAUCCACACUGAUCCGCCAUGUCAAGGCCGAGAAUUAAGGUGUUAGCUUCAAAAUUAUAUUAGAGUUAGAUAGAUUCAAGGGGAACAUACCCAUCUUUGUCUGUGUGCUUUUGUAAUGGGUGUGAUUGAUUAUAUUACAAAACAUAUUUUACCAUA